UGGUUCAGUAUUUUGGGAAAAAAGGUUUUUCUUAAAUGUAAGACUGUUUAGUAAACUAUUCCGACCUUUAAUUCUCCGGUGACGACGUCGGGUCUAAUUCUCCGGUGGGGUCGGGCAUGGCGUCCUCCCUCCUCUUCCCGAAACUGCUGGUCUUCGUCGUCGCCGGCGUGCUUCCGGCCAUCUCCUCCUCGCCGGGCCUCGGAUGCUACCGCUCCAUCAUCAGCUUCGGCGACUCGCUCGCCGACACCGGGAACGCGCUCCACCUCGCCCGCUCCGCAGGCCGCUCCACGCACGCCGGCUCCCUCCCCUACGGCCAGACCCACUUCCGCCGCCCCACCGGCCGCUUCUCCGACGGCCGCCUGGUCAUCGACUUCGUGGCUGAGCGGCUGGGGCUUCCGUACGUUGCUCCGUACUACGGGGAUGAUGGCGGAGGGAGCGUGGAGGAUUUCAGGAAGGGCGUGAAUUUCGCGGUGGGGGGAGCGACGGCGCUCGACGGGAGCUUCUUCGAAGGGAGGGGGAUGGGCAGCAACUUCCCGAACGAGUCUCUGGGAGUUCAGCUGGGCCUCUUCAAAGAGCUUUUGCCUUCCCUAUGCUACACAUCUUCGGAUUGCAAAGACUUUCUUGGAAACUCUUUGGUUCUCAUGGGAGAGAUUGGUGGCAAUGACUACAAUCAUCCCUUCUUUAUGGGAAAAGAUCUGGAAGAGAUUCAAGACUUUGUGCCCCUUGUAAUUGAGGAGAUUGUUUCAGCUAUCAGUGAGUUGAUUCAUUUAGGUGCGGUGACAAUAUUGGUGCCCGGAAACUUUCCGAUUGGAUGUUUGCCUGCCUAUUUAACAAAAUUCCAGAGUUCAGACAAGGAAGCAUAUGAUCCAUCAACCGGCUGCCUUAAUUGGUUAAAUGAGUUCUCUCAGUAUCACAAUGAGCAGCUCCAGCUGAAGCUUGAUCAUCUGCGAGAGCUUCAUCCCCGAACGAAAAUUAUAUAUGUGGAUUACUACAAUGCUGCAAUCCGCUUUUUCAGUCCCCAAAUAAAUUCGGGUUUGAAGGGCAGGUAUUUAGAGCAUGCUGCGGAGGAGGAGGAACCCACAAUUAUAACUCGUCUGCAUUAUGCAGUUCCAACACGAAGGUGUGUGAUGACCCGUCCUCAUAUGCAAGCUGGGACGGUCUCCAUUUCACAGAAGCAGCAUACAGAUGGAUUUUUAAGAGCAUAGCGGAUGGUCCAUUCACUGUACCUAAAUUGGACAUCUCUUGUCCUUCGCUAGCCUUGAACGAGCAUAUGGAAUGUCCGGUUCUGAGUAGCGAGCUGCCUCAUUUGAAAAUCGACGCGUGAUAAGCCAUUGCUCUCAUGGUGCAAAAUGGUUUUUGGGUUCUGUGCUGUGUAUCAAAUGACCUUCUGAAUGGUCCUCUUGACAAAUUGCUUAGGAAAUCAUUAGCAAGAAAAGGAUGAUCGCGUCUGGAAUCUCUGGAAGGUUGGAAGUAUUCCUAGGAACAGAAGCCUAUGCUGACUUGUUUUGGCCUGAGGGUCUGUCCAGGCUUGAGGUUCUGUUCCAUGAUUCUUCUAUCUCUAUGUAUACGUUCGUUCAUAAACGGAAAGACGAGGAGAGGAAAUAAGGUUGAA